AUAUUUCUAUAAUGCAAAAUAGGACGAUAAAAGAGAAUGAAAACCCCAACGGCCUAUAUAGUUAAAUAUAGAGAAUACACACAGAGAUUUAGAAAUCUCAUAACCAAGGGAUGUAAACCCCGUGUAUCGAUGUGUUGCCUUCGAUUGUCAGCACUGGGUUGCAAAUAUUUAAUAAAGUUAACUAUUUUCAAUGCCCCCAACCGACAAUAGGAAUAUAUAAGUCUUGAAGUGACGUCGCGCAUCCUAUGACGUCACACAUUCCAUGACGUCACAAAUCAUAUGACGUCAUCCAGCCUAAUUUACGAGAAUCGUCCAUCUAUAUUUAAUCGGCGCCAUUCCCACAAAUAUCGUUUCGUGUUACAUUGUUUGUUGUUGUGUAACAUAGGUGUUAUUGUGGCGUCAUAAUAAACGCGAAGGUCGCGAAUUAAGAGUUGACAUCGGAUCCAAGAUGGCGGAUGGCUUGUCAAUGUCAAUGGGUGGACGGGUGGCGAGCAUCUAUAAACAGAACACGAAACGGAGGAGAUUUACAACCGUGGUCAACGAUAUUGAAAACAAAAAAUUAAAUUUCUUGAAGAAACAACUUGAAAGUGACCGAGUGGUUGAAACAAACAGAAUGAAAAAGAUAAACAACAAGGUAUUGAAUGCGAGCGACGAGCUGAAAGCUUUCCAAGUAGCUUUACUUCGUCGCAUCACAGCCGUCAACGAAGUGGGCGUGUUCGAGGAUCGACCACUUCGUAACCUUGGUAGAUAUGGCGGGGCAAGCAUUGAACAAAUCAAAGCUGAAAGCUUGAAAUAUAAAAGAAUCCGCGACCCCGAAAAAAGAAGGAAAAUAAAGUCGAAGAUUUUGAUGGAACAGGGUAAACGCGAUGGAAGAAUCAAAUCGUUCAACCCUGGUGACCUUGGCGAUCUUACCGAAAGUAUUUUAAAGCUUACUAAAGCGGAAAUGGCGCAACGAAAAGAACACGUGGCAAGUGACGUAGGCAACCUUGAUGACGUCAGGGAGGCUGACGAUGACGAAAAUGAGGUCAUUUCGCCCCCCAACCCCCCACAACGAAGGUUGGUACUCCCUCCACUACAAGUGUCAAAGCCAUUCAAACCAAACGAAAAUUAUUAUCGGAAAAUAUCGGCUGACGUCAGGAAACGCAUGGCUGGUCACACCAAUCAGCAUCGAGUAUUGGAAAAGAUCAGAGAAGAAGGGAAAUACCCCCGCCCCACGCCCGGUGUUUCCCCUCAACUGAGACACACCGACUACCCCAUCACUUCAUUACGUCAUUAUCCCAACGACCAUAGACAGUACAGUGAGGCGAGUUACGAGUGGGACCAUAGGAAAGCGGUGGGCCCGGUAAAGAUGUCCAAACAUCUGAACGACGGACAGAAGUUUUGGAACCAAACAGAUAGUUUGUUACGUCAUAAACACCCACGACGAGUGGUGUUACCGAGGAUCGUGUAGUUUCGUGGUAGCCGAUUGUUUUGAACUUGGAAAAAUGAUAAGAUAAAAAGCUAAAAAUAGAAACUGGGUCAUACCAAUGUAAAUUGUAAAAUGUUAAACAAACGUGUCAAUGCCACUCGACAAUACCACAGCGGUAGCGCUAUUGUAUUGACAGGAAAUGUUGGCAAUGCCAAAUAACCAAUGCCCAUGUAUGGUGUUAUGCUCCCUUUUCUGUACUUUUCGCCUAUUUAAUCUGUUUUAAAAGAUUUUAAUAAUGUAAUAUCAUAAUGUUCGCAUAUAAUGCGUGUUGUGAAAUAAAUUAUGUUCUGACG